ACAAAAGAAAAAAAUUGGAAAUAAAAAAGAGAGGAAAUUUUGAUAAUAUACAAACAGCUAUAAAGUAGCUUUCCUGUCUAUCAGCUUUCUCGAGGUUACUUAAGCCUUUGAACUCUUUGGUCUUUGGCUUAUAUAUCAUUUUUGCUUCACAGAUUGUACUGAAAAACACCAUCUUUCUUGUGAAUUCUGCAACUUUUGGAGUAACUUAAAGAAGAAAUGGGGGAAAAGAGUUUAAUUGCCAAGGAUGUCACCGAAUUGAUCGGUAACACGCCACUGGUAUAUCUCAACAAUGUUGUAGAUGGAUGUGUGGCUAAAAUUGCUGCCAAGUUGGAGGCAAUGGAACCCUGCUCCAGUGUCAAGGACAGGAUUGGAUAUAGUAUGAUUGCAGAUGCAGAGGAGAAGGGUCUCAUUGUACCAGGCGAGAGUGUGCUGAUCGAGCCAACUAGUGGUAAUACCGGAAUAGGGUUGGCAUUCAUGGCAGCUGCUAAGGGUUACAGACUCAUAAUUACGAUGCCUUCUUCAAUGAGUUUAGAAAGAAGAAUGGUCCUCCGAGCUUUUGGAGCUGAGCUAGUUCUUACGGAUCCAGCCCGGGGCAUGAAGGGGGCUGUUCAAAAAGCUGAGGAAAUUAUGUCAAAGACUCCUAAUUCUUACAUUCUUCAGCAAUUUGAAAACCCUGCCAACCCAAAGAUCCAUUAUCUGACAACCGGACCGGAGAUAUGGAAAGGCAGUGGAGGAAAGGUAGAUGUCCUUGUCUCUGGUAUCGGGACUGGAGGUACUGUAACAGGAGCCGGGAAGUAUCUGAAAGAGCAGAAUCCUGGCAUUAAGCUCGUUGGCGUGGAACCAGUUGAGAGUGCAGUGCUUUCUGGAGGGAAACCUGGUCCACAUAAGAUCCAAGGAAUUGGUGCUGGCUUCAUCCCUGGGGUUUUAGACGUCAAUUUAAUCGAUGAAGUCGUUCAAAUAUCAAGUGAAGUAGCUAUUGAAACUGCAAAACAACUUGCUCUGAAAGAAGGAUUGUUGGUAGGUAUAUCAUCCGGUGCUGCCGCCGCCGCCGCGAUUGAGAUAGCCAAGAGGCCAGAAAAUGCCGGGAAACUCAUUGUUGUGGUCUUCCCCAGCUUUGGAGAGCGAUACUUGUCUUCCGUGCUGUUUGAGUCCGUGAAACGGGAAGCAGAGAGUAUGGUGUUUGAGCCUUGAGAUGAAACAUGGAGAAGGUAACCUAUUGAUCAAGCAACAUUAUCAACUUUCGCCAUUGAUGGUUCUUGUUUUCUUCUAGGGUUAUAAAAAAAAAUUGGUGUUUGGACAUGGUGUUGAACCCUGUUUGUUGCAGUUCACUGUAUUUCUUUUCAAAGUUUUAACACAUAUUAAUAAAUAUUUACAUUGGAAUAAA